AUGGGCAUGUUGCAUGCUGCUAUCGUUUCAACGACAACUAAAUUUUCUAAUCCACAUAAUUUUACCAAUCCUAAAACUUUAACUCUCGCACGUGUUCCGUUGUCCAACAGUCCUCUUCCACAAAAGCAGCAACGCGUUCAUUCACGUCUUACCGGUUCACUUGUCACAAGCUUUAAAGCUGUAACCUAUUUUUCCACACAUCGUCCAAUCCUUUCCCCGCUCAUUCUGGCCGCCUCACAUAAUAGCGAAAGCGAUAAUAACAACUCUGUUAGCGGCAGUGGCAGCGACAAAAAGACCUUCUCGUUGCAUUGCUGUUGCGUGAUAGUCGACAUAACGCCAGUUUCACAAGCCGGUCGUUUGACAUCUGCAACAACGGCCUCGGGAAGGGAUGUGAGCGCUGGCGGCAGCGCAAGUGGUGGUGGUGGUGUACUUGGCGAUGGUGUCUCUCAACUGGCGAGCAGCCUAUUUCGUUUCGGUAGUAAAAAGCGUGGCGUUUGUAUAUGUAAUGCACAGUGUCGCUUGCAGUCUCUGGGUGAGGGACCACUAGGACCGACAAUCAAAACCCACCACGGCUCGCUGGACCGUCUUUUACAACAACAAGACCAGCAACGUCAAUUGCAGCCAGCCGCCACCGCUACACGCUCCGUUGGUGGUGUAGUGGGCGGUGGCGGCAGUGGUGCAUUACUUGGUUCAGCUGACUCAGAUGGUGAUGGUGAUGAUGAAAAAGAAACAGAUAUGCCACCACCACGUCCGCCAUCGCGUACAAAACCACAUGCACAGCAAGUUAAGGAAGAAUUUGAUCGCGGCGUAGAGGUCGAGAAAUUUUAUCAUCAAAUUAAUGGCGAUAUUUUCGAAAUAACACGUCGUGUACGCGCACGUGAUGAAGAUACAAUUGAGCAAAAAAUUAUCAAACGAAAAGGUUCAGUACGGCUUCCACCAGAACCACCUCCCCGACAAGCAGGAAUGCAGCAACCACACGUACAUACACAUAUUAAUGGUCACAAACAUCAUCACAAUCACAUAAUAGACGAACACAAGCCACAAUUACCACCAAGACGUCAAAAAAGUGCUGAAGAGGUGCCUGUAUCGAAGUCCUCAAGUCGUGCACCCGAUGAACUCGAAUGGUUUGAUAGAAAAGCACAACAACGACAUUCUGCAAGAUCAGCUGAAAGUGGUACUGUACGUGAGGAAACUAUGGAAUGGUUAGAAAAGCAACGUGGCCCUGCACGCACAUCAUCAGGUCCCAGUGAAAUUACUGUUUUGAAAGAUGAGGUGCCCGACUGGUUAUUAGAGCACUUACCAAAAAAACGCAUGAUAGCAGAACGUCAACCUGUAGACGCAAAAACCGCAGCAUCUUCAUAUGCUAAAGCUUUGAAAGAAGAACUAACUGAACUAUUAAAGAAGCCUUUAUCUCGUCAAAGUUCUGGUCCUGGUGAGUUUUCCCUACUUAAAACUGACGUUGUUGAAUGGUUAACGAAACUGCAAUCAACGAAACCAGCGAUACGUGAAGAUACCGGUGCUAUUCCAAAAACUCGUAGAACGCAUCAUCGACGGAAUGGUAGUGGUGACACACCACGCUCACAUUCACAAGAAGAUGCUGCAGCGGUCCAACAAGCUACUCGCAAACGUCAUUCACUUGGUCAUAGCGAUCGUAGUGAAGAGGAAAUAGCCGACUGGAUAGCUUAUCCUUUAAAUAGACUGCAUUCAAUAGGCAAAACACCUACACAAACUGUAACAGAACGCCGCACAACACAAACCAGUUACGUUGAGCUACAUCACAAGCCUACAGCGCUGCCAAUACAACCGAUUUGUACUGAAAGGCGUCACCACGAACGUUCACGAGAAAGAAAAUUGCGUCAUUCUGCCAGUGAAGUUGUGAACGGUCAAAGUGCAGCCGCAAUAACACCAACUCAAUUGGAACGCUUAUAUGCUAAACCGCACAAAGAACGUUAUCAAUAUAUACCGAAACAUAAAGAUAUGUUACCGCCUCAAUUGCCUCCUAAGGAGACUACCAUGACCACUGCCGUACAUGCGCCCUCCGCCGUAUUGUCAUCCGUGCCCAUACGCGAAUCGAAACGCGAACGUUCGCGACGUCAUCAGACACAACGCUCCGCGACAGUAUCAGAUAUGUCCGGUAGUCAUAACGGUGCACAGAAACGCAAAUCGUCCUCAGCCGAACGUGCACCACGCUCACCUUCACCCUGCACUGAUCCUACCUGCCCAUUACUACCAAUUUGCACAGAUCCACACUGCCGUUUUCUUGAAUGUCAAGUCGCCAACCACGGCUUAACCACUUCCACCUCAACGGUAAAUCUCGCUCGUCAUCAACAAGUAGCUAAAGCGCAAAUGCACACAGUGCCGCCACAUGCUGCUUCAGAUGAAACACCCACUCCACCACCUCCGCCAACGCAACAUCUACAACGUAAGUUAGUCAUCUGUCACGAGUGUCGUUCCUGUGCACCAUUGUUAACUUGUCAAAAUCGCAAGUGCUUGAACGCUGCUAAAUGCAAUUCACUACCUCGCUGUGCCGCCGACUUCAAUCGUUUACGCACAACUCUAGCGCAACCACCACCAACGCUUGACGACAUUGAACCAGCACCUGAAACGCCUUCACCGCAAAUGCAACGUCAUGGCAUGCAUCAUCGUAGUAAUUCACAGCCGAACACAUUGCAACGUGGUGACUCGCGGGCCGCUCUCUGGCAAGAUGCUGAAGUAUCUACGGCGACUGCAAUUAUAAAGAAACAUCCGCAUAACGGGCGUGUUAAUGGCAUUGCUCAAAACGGCGCUAACGGUAAACUCAUGAAAUCGGCCUCCGCUGCUUCACUAAAUUCACGUCGACGUCGACAUAAAACAGUGCAUUUCGGCGAGAAUCUCUUGCGGGAGGUGUGCCAGAAUCGUAAACUCAUAAAAACUGAGCAAGUUCCGUCCGGUUCGGCGCCCAUGAAAUCCAACAUACAAAUGCUGUACAAUUUCGUGGAGGGCGUACUGAGCGCAUGGGUAGACGAUGAUGAGGAUCAAGUGCGUUCCGGCGCCGAGUCCGAACCGGAACAUGGCGUUAUGGCGCUUAAACCCAUACAUCGUUGCAAUCGCUUACGUUAUCAGUGCAUUAAGAGAAUCGUGUCUGAAGCAGCUGAGCUGCAAGGAACACUUAAACUAGGAAACUCACGUUACCGACACAGGCAUUGGCGUAGCACAGCAAAGCAGUGCAACGAAAUGUUUCUGCGUAAGCAAGCCAGCAUUAAGCAAGAAAAAUGUUGCGAAUUUUAUCAUUUUAAUCCUGGAAAUCGUUUUCAAUACACAAAACGUUACGGCACACAAUGCCGCACAAAUGGCUUACAAAUAUGGCAUGCAGCAACGAUUACCAAACCGAAUUUCGACUACUUAAGUCCAUUGAAGUAA